AUGACAUCCGUCGUCGCCGUUCCCGUUCGGGAAGGCGAAGACGACGAUGUGCAGCCGCCGCUGACCCCCCACAAUGGACCGUGUCGCCGUCGAAUGCCAACGCCGACUCCGAUGAGAGUUGGCGACGGCGAAGAAGAAGAAGAAGAACAAGAACAAGGAGAGGAAGAGACUUCUCCGACGUCGUCCACCAGAUACUCGCUUAGGGCCAGAGAGACUAAGCCCAAGCCGAAGGCGAAGGCGAAGGCGACUUCGGAGCGAAAGAAGAGGAAGAGACGUCGCGAAACGAAGCCGACGGGCGAAAACGCCGAACUGAUUAUCGAACUCCAAAAGAAGCUGAGAAAAAAAGAGGCGAAGCUCCGUGAUGCGAAUAGAAUUAACAAUAAACAUAAAACAGAAAAUGCUCGUUUGUUGAAAAAACUCAUCGACAUGGAGCUAGAGGAAACAAGUAAUAAGUUCAACCUUGAGAUCUGGAAGAGCGAAUUGAAGAAGGAAUGCAAAAAAUCCCAGGAGGUAAUCAGAGAUUUGGAGAAAGCUGAGAAUGAGGCCGAUGAGUACAAAGCGGAUCUCGAGAAACUGGCCCGCUGGAAGGAGGAGGAUCAGCUGGAGGGUACGGAGCAGAACGAGAUGUUCCGAAAGCGAUGGAUGGAGACGGUGCAGGAGAGGGACGAGAUCGACGCGAAGUUCCAGAGUGUCAAGCCGUCUUGUCGCAUAUGCUUCAACCACUACAUUCCAGGAGGAACACGGCCGAAGAUUCUUAGUGAGCUAGUGACUAUCAAAACUCAAAAUUAUAAUCUUUUCAGAGUGCGGACACACCAUCUGCAGAGCGUGCACGAUACAGAUCGCCAAUCCGGAGGGCCCACACGUCAAAUGCCCAUUCUGCAAUACGGAGAUGAAUAAGGAGCGAUUCUUGGCGGAUACUCGUACAAACUUUGCACUCGAGGAUCUUAUCGAAAUCUAUGACACGUAG